GUCCCCGGAGCGCAGCACCCGCGGUCGCGAGCUCACGGAAAGUUGCUGGAUCGUUGGUGAUCCGAAGUUGGAGCGCGCAUGGGGUGUCCCGAUGCGGGUGGGGACCAGAUCCCGAGUCAGGAUAGGGGCCCGGGCUGGGACGCCUCUCAGACAACCUCGCCCGGGUGAGAUUGGGACCCCCUCCCCGAGCCCCGUCGUCGGCCAGGCGCGUGACUACUUGGGAACAAACCAGCCACUACUGUCACCCCUCUGGCUGCCCCUUAGAGCCCAACCAGCCCAGCUUGACCAAUGUCCACAGCCAGGGAACAGCCAAUCUUCAGCACCCGGGCUCACGUGUUCCAGAUUGACCCCACCACCAAGAGAAACUGGAUCCCCGCUGGCAAGCACGCGCUCACUGUUUCCUACUUCUAUGAUGCCACCCGCAAUGUCUACCGCAUCAUCAGCAUUGGGGGUGCCAAGGCCAUCAUCAACAGCACUGUCACCCCCAAUAUGACCUUCACCAAAACCUCCCAGAAGUUUGGGCAGUGGGCAGACAGUCGUGCCAACACCGUCUAUGGCCUGGGCUUUGCUUCUGAGCAGCAUCUGACCCAGUUUGCUGAGAAGUUCCAGGAAGUGAAAGAAGCUGCAAGGCUGGCCAGGGAGAAAUCUCAGGAAGGCGGAGAGUUCAACAGCCCUGCCCUGGGGCUUGCCUCCCACCAGGUGCCCCCGAGCCCUAUCGUCAGCACCAAUGGCCCGGGAGAGGAGAAGCUGUUCCGCAGCCAGAGCGCAGACGCCCCUGGUCCCAUGGAGCGCGAGCGGCUGAAGAAGAUGCUGUCGGAGGGCUCUGUGGGUGAGGUGCAGUGGGAAGCCGAAUUCUUUGCACUACAAGACAGCAACAACAAGCUGGCUGGGGCCCUCCGGGAAGCCAACGCAGCCGCUGCCCAAUGGAGGCAGCAGCUGGAGGCCCAGCGUUCAGAGGCUGAGCGGCUGAGGCAGCGGGUGGCUGAGCUAGAGGCCCAGGCAGCUUUGGAGCCACAGGAGGCCAGUGAGAAGGAGGCACCCAGCCAGUCUGUGGAGCAGUUGGAGGCACAGGUGCAAACCAAGGAUCAGGAGAUCCAGACGCUUAAGAAUCAGACUGCUGGGACCCGAGAAGCCCCCGACACCACUGAGCAUGAGGAAACUCAGCAGAAGGUUCAGGACCUGGAGACGCGCAACGCAGAGCUGGAGCACCAGCUGCGUGCCACAGAGCGCAGCCUGGAGGAGGCACGGGCAGAGAGGGCCCGGGCACGGGCCGAGGUGGGCCGGGCGGCGCAGCUGCUGGACGUCAGGCUGUUUGAGCUGAGCGAACUCAGGGAAGGCCUGGCACGCUUGGCUGAGGCAGCGCCCUGAGCCCAUGGCCCUUUGGGGCUGGAUCUUGGAGGAUGGGUCCCAUCAGGUCACAGACUGGCUGUGGGCGGCAAAGGAGGCCCCUCACUCUGGCCAGGAUCAGGGGCCCCAUUCUGAUGGGCAUUGGUGGGCUGUUGCUUUGCGCUGUUAGAUUUCUAGAACCACUGGGGUGCGCUGGUGCCCAGAUUACAUUUCUAUGCAACA